AGCGUGAAGUGUCUGUGUGAACUGUGAACACAAGUCAUUAACUCACAACGUCAGAAGUUCUGUUAAAGAGCGACCGGGUGUUGCGUUUAAUCGUGUUGAACGCGAUGUCAAUUUGUUUGUCAACAAAAAACUUAGUUUUGCGUAGACUAAAUUAAGUGUGAUUAACAUCCAAAAUGUGUGUUCGGUGAUAAGUUUUGUGUCUUUAAGUCCUAAAUUAAAUAUGAAUGUAUAAGUGCACCGAAAAUGGAUGGAGCAAACGCUGAUUCGGACCAUUCUAUGAGUUGGGAGGACUUUUUCGGUAGCACAACAGAUCUCACACCAACCCUAAUCGGUAUAUACGAUGCUCUUCUCGAACCAGCAAAAAGUCUAAGACCAGAAGUGGCCAUUCUUGAAACUGCCAAAGAUGCACGCAACGACCCACCAGUUCCAAACGCAACUAUGACAGAAGAUAAGAACAAAGAAAUCACAGUCCACCCCAGCCCACCAAAACACCCGUCAAAAAUAAUAGGAAGUGUUAAACUUCCAAUAGCAACACUAAACAAAAGUUCCCUUUACAACCUUCGGACAAAAAGUGACGGUGUAAGUGAUAAAAGUGAUCCCAGUGAUGACAAAAUCCAAAGGACGUUUAAAGAAGCAAAGACAGAUGCCUUCGAUAACCUCUCGCCAAAUGUUAAACGUAUGCUGUCCAGUGCAUCUGAGACUACAACGCUACGAUUUCAAAAGAAAACAGUUAAUAUAACGAGAUCAUCAGGCAGGAAGUGUAAUAUACCUUUAGUGGGUGCUACAUCAAAGAUAUCACAAUCUGGUUUAGAAAUCUUACCAUCAGUUGAAAUUUACGAUCAACCUAACUUGAAGCUUAACAAAAUCCAAGACUCACCUCCUCUAAUCAAGCCAGAUUUCAAAAUUGAUGAACCUGAAACUUAUGAUGUUCCCACUAAUAACCAACCCGCGAUCUACGAUGUGCCUAACAAUAACAAGACUGCGUUCGAGUCCCUCUCACUGCCAUAUAUUGAUCAAUCUAUCGAACUGUCUAUAUCAAAUGACAGAGAAUUCGAUACUAAACUAUCGUCUAAAGAAAACUCCCCUUUAAAACCUAAUACAUCUACACCACUAAUAUCACCGGCUAAGUUAAACGACACAUUGCCUAGAAAAGAAUCAAAGUUGGUUAAGAGCGGGCCUUAUCCUCAAACGGUUGGUUCAACUGGGAAUUUAAGGCCCGAAAAGGAGAUGGCUAGACUUAAUCCACCAUUGCAAGUCACAAGACCACUGUCAAUGAGUUCUAUAGCUUCGUCAAGCUCUACCUCUAGUAGUGGUGUACAAAAUAAAGGAGUGAAUUCAGCGUACCUCGCGUCUAUAGAAAGCUUGGAUGACCAUAGCGAUGCAGAUAUGACAUCUGGCAAUGGGAGUAAUAAUUUUAUGAACAGUACCGGAAUACUUAAGACGAGUAUUUCGGAGGAGAGUCGAACCGAGAUGUUAACAAAUCACAACUUAGAAGAAUUAUCCGGGCUGUCUCAGCUGGAGAGGGUGUGCGCGGAAAUAGUUCAGACUGAGAACGUAUACGUCGAGGAUUUGAGACAAGUUGUGGAGGGCUACUUACACGUCUGGCGACGGGAUGCAACAUUUUCUGAAGAUGAACUGACAGAACUAUUCAACAAUAUAGAAGAUAUCUACGGGUUUAACAAAUCUCUCUGCGCCGAGCUGAAUUCCUGCCAUCUGGACGCGACCUGCAUUGCUCGAUGUUUCGUCAAUAAUACAUCAGGGUUCUCAGUGUACACAUCGUAUUGUACUGGAUACCCUUGCACGAUGGAGAGGUUGGCAGCCCUGGCCUCGAAGCCUCAAAGUGCAAGGGAGUUCAGGGAACGGCAAUUAGGGCUGAACCAUCCAUUGCCACUUGCGUCCUACUUGUUGAAGCCGGUGCAACGGAUUUUGAAGUACCAUUUGUUGUUACAGAACCUGGUAAAGCAGUGUGCUUCACGGGAAACAGAGUAUGCCUUCUUGAAGAUGACGGGAAUUGCUCAGCAUAUAGACGAUAUGAAGAGACGCCACGAACACGCUGUUAGAGUACAAGAAAUCCAGUCACUUCUUUACGGAUGGAGCGGUCCAGAUCUGACAACUUACGGAGAGUUGUGUGCCGAAGGGACAUUUAGAGUAUUCGGCGCGAAGGCCAUGCGUCACGCCUUCCUCUUCGACAAAAUGCUGCUUGUGACUAAAAAUAGGGAGGAUGGCAUUUUGGCUUACAAGUCGCAUAUAAUGUGCAACAACAUGAUGUUAGUAGAAUCGAUAUCGGGUGCGCCCCUAUCCUUCCACGUGAUUCCUUGGGACGCGCCGCGUGCGCAGCUGACUUUACAAGCACGCUCGCCGCGGCACAAGCGAGAAUGGACUUUAUUGCUUAAGAGGGUCAUAUUAGAAAACUACAAUGCAGUUAUACCCUCUCACGCUAGACAAUUAGUAAUGGAACUUGGACAAAACAAAACUGAUGAUGACAUCCUCGCGGAGAAAUCUCAUAACUUAAUAACUCAAGCAUCCAUGAGAAAGCAACUCUCCGCGCCCGAAUAUCUCGAAAAGCGAAAAUUAGAACGAGAAAGACGAAAAUCUUUCGAGAAUGGCACGAGAGGACGAUCAAAGAAGCCAAAUAGAAAACACACGAUUCCCGAUUCAAGAGACACCAGCCAGGACUGUGACUGCGCUCAAGUGUCCGCAGAAAAAGGCACAGAUUAUACUUGCGAUAAUUGCUAUAUUGACCUCUGUUCCGAUUGUGAAAUCGAACUGUCAAAAGAUAAAAAAGAAGAAAAGUGCACUUGUAAAACUGUAGACGAUGACAAAUGCCCCGAAUGUGAUCGAUCCCUUAAUUAUAUUGACGCAGGAAGUGCUGAAAACGUAGAACGAAAACCAAUAUGCAAAUGUUCAGAUUUUAAAUCGUCGCAGGAAAGUUUCAGCAACAAUUUAUUGAAUAAAACACGUUGCUACCAUUCCUCUGAUAAUAUAGUUGGAUAUGACGUUAAGAGCAAAGAAGAUGUAUCAGAUUUGACUAGUGUUAAAAUACCAAAAACUUGCCUUAAAUGUUCCAAGAUUAAGGAAAACAUACCGGUGACUGAUUCUGUGGCAACCCUACAUACGAGAAAGUCUAGAUGUGUCGAUAUCGAUAAGACCAAAUCUGAUACUCUAAGAUCUAAAUCAAAAGAUGACCCGCAAAGAUCAAAACUCUCAAGAAUUGGAACAUGGAGGCGAAAAUCAGAACCUGGAUUACAACAAAAUGGACAAAGCAUAUUAGCUAAAAGAUCUCAUGAUAGUGAUAGUGAAAGAAACGACGGGAGAAAUGAUAAAAUUGAAUUUGAAUGUAGAAAUUGCGGAUCAAAUAGAAUUAAUAAAAAAAUAAAAUCAUCGGAUGGAAAUCUGGCUUCUGAUAUAGAAGAGAGACGAAAAUUGAAUGUUAUUAAGCAAAAUUUAGAAAUCAAAAUGUACAAUACGAAAAAUAUACCUAAAAAGAUUACAAAAAUUAAGAAAAACAGAGCCAAAGGUCGUGUCACCUCUGACACGACAACUCGAUUUUACACUGACUUCUCUAGUGACGUAUCUACUGAGAUCCUUCAUAUAUCCGAAUCUAACGACAGCCUUAAUGUCGAAGAUUCAAAAGAUACAAAAAAUAAUUUUGUGAUACCAGAGACAAUCACUAAGGAUGAGGGUAUCGACGAAGAAACAUAUAAAAAACUCAUAGAAAAGACUGACUCGUUUAAAAAGAAUGAAUUGGAAAAGGUAAAGUACUUACACAAACAGAAAAUAAUAAACGAAGGUUCCGAAAUAGACGAAAAAGCUGAGUCACAACAACUGCCAGAUGACGUUCAAGAAAGUUGCGAAGAGAACGAACAACCACUUGAACAGAUAAUAUCUCAACUUUUGAUGCAAAAUAGAGAGUUUCAGAAACUAUUAAAGAAACAACAAUUAAGAAAUACCGCUCAAAAAAGGCAUCAACGUCUGCUUAAAUCACAUUCGAUUCCUGAUCAGGUCAUUUCGGGUCGCAAUGAAGUAAUAAAGUUUAAACCUAAAUUUGGACGACAGUUGUCCGAAAAUCUACAACUUUCCAUUGACGAAGACGACGUCAACAAUGAUGAACACCAUAAAGGAAUAUCUGAUGAUGACCAUAUCUAUGAAACUUUGCGAGUAGAAGACCGCUUAGAUGAAAGCCUGCAUAGUCUUAAUAGCAAAAGUAAAAUAAUUCAGCAUCAUCCACCUAACAAAAAGUCACCACCGAGUUCUUUGAUACACUUGUCUUCAGAAAAGCCCAAGAAAGGGGGACCUGAGUCUGAUUAUGUUUAUCUCUCUUUCGAAGAAAUAAAAAAAGUAACCGAUGCCUUAGACAAUGGUAUCUAUGACGUUCCCGCUAAAACGCCAGAGAAAGUGGUAGACCAUCCAGAUAGACGUAUUAGCACAGAUUACUACGUUACCAUGGAACAUAAUGGUCCAGCUACGGAAUCUAAUGAAAACUUAUAUGAUAAUUUAGUAGAUAUAUGUAGAAGAAAAAAGGAAGCUCCGAACACACUACCCGCAGAUUAUUUGCCAAUGAGUCCAGAUCAUCAAAGCCCAAAUACUCCAGAAAUUUGGUUAAGUCGUCAGAAAGAACAUUUCAAUGUCUCAAGGGACAGAAAGUCUGGCUCUUUACCUCGAAGUUUCCAAGUUCCAACAAGUAGUCCAGAAGAUAAUAAUCUUAGUACAUUUAAAUCGAAGCCUAAUGCAAAUAGUAAGACAUAUCUUAACCGAGACGGAAAAGUGAUGAGCGUUGAUCGACCAUUCACAAUUGCGUCAGAUCAAAGCGAAAUAAGCUAUGAUGACGUCGAGGCUUACAUGAGUGAAGGAGACAUAUUGAAAUUCAACAAAAAUUCUAAAUCUACUGAUGAUUCACAAAACAUUAGUAAAUCCACAUUAGAACUGGAGGAAGAAAUAGACAGAUGCUACAAAAAUAAUUUUGAAAAGAUCGAUUUAGAUUCAAAUAAAAACGAAAACAUUUUGAAAGACGCUCAUAAUCAUUUGAACAUAUCAGUUGCGUCCUCUUGCGAAGCUUUAAUUGUCGACCAAAGUGAUAAGUCGAAAAUGGAUGUUAUACAUCCAGAACACAAAAUUUACAAACCAAAUGGUAACGUGCUGUCCCUCAAGAAUGUUUUAAGUCGAUUUAAAAAUCGGUCUCCACCAAAAGGCGAAGAAAUGGAGAUUAAUGCCAAUGAACAGUGCCUUGUAGAUAACAAAAGUGACCUCAAAAGUCCUACAAGUGAAAAAAGAUCUGGUCUAAACCCUAGAAGUUACUCUAAAAACUUAUUACAGAGAUUUAGAAAUAUUAUCGGCGAUGAACAUUCGGACGAUAAUCAAAACAAAAUUGAAUCAAAAGUUUCCAAAAUUGAUUCUAAUGAAAUUAAAGUUGUCAUAACAUCUGCAGAAAGCAGUCCAACCACAUUUAGUAUUGUUUACUCUGCAUCGGAUGCUCUCAGUAAAAGUGUUUGUGAAAAUACUACAAUGAGUGAAAGUCAAACUGAGAAAAAUAAUCUAGAACUAUUAUCUCAUAGCUGUGAUAACUUAUCUCAAAAGCCCUUUAGACCCUCAUACGAGAAAAGCGUUAGUAUGAUGACGUCUAUGCCCAAUUCCAUUAGCAGUACACCUUCGCCAUCAAAAUCUAACAAUAGUUCUUAUCAGAGUUUGCAUAAACUGCCAAGUUACAUGCAAGGCAGUCGACACUUAGGCGCUAGAAUAGCUCAAUCUGAUUACGUCGAUCCAAUGACUUUACUUAAUGAAAGAAAUCAAUUGAAGAACAUAAAUAUACUUAUAAAUAAAAAUUCUAUGCGGCCAGAUAGUUUAUUUUCCAAUUCUUCCUUUGUGACCUCAUCAAGUGAAAGCACAUAUCAAGAGCCACAGAAAUCUCAGAAUCAAGCGAAUGUUAUUGAAAAACCGACCGAGACCGCCCAGAUUCAUUCAGACGAAAGCUUUUAUGAAAAAACGUUUGAAAAGAUUGAACAAGUUACCGACGAAGAUGUUUUUAGAGAUUCGGCUGUUUAUUCGGACCAAGAAGACGCGGAAGAUAAAGAACCCGAAAAGCCUAAACAAGCUAUUAAAUUAAAGAGAGUCGAGAGUCUUAAACGUGAGUCAUCGUUCAACUCGAAGAAAAUUAUAUCGAGCAUCACUGAAAUAUCUAGCAUACAAACGGUCACAAUAAACAAAAUACAUAGUACAACCAAAAGUACUGUAACGAAAGAGGACAGAGUGAUAAGGCCAAAAAUUGCACCGCCUGUUCCAAUUAAGCCCAAAAUAACGCAGACGUCAGUAUCUACGAUACAAACUAAAACUGUCAGUAAUAAAAAUUUAGUUAAGGAACAACAGACAUCUUCAUCAGAAUCUGUUAAUAAUCGAACAAUCAAACGAAACACAGGUUGUAAACCAGGAUUCGCACGAUCAGAAUCUACUCCUCCAAGUAAAAGCGACGGAAGAGUUAAGCCUAAAGCUGAAACUAACACUAAGCACGAACCAGAAUCGGAAGAGGGAAAGACAAACAUACAAAUCAAGAGAUUAGGUUUUGAAAGAGCUAGCUUAGAUUCAGCGACACGCAAGCGUCCCGUAGAGAAAAAACGAUCGUUAGAACAGCCAAAGACCAAAUCAGUUUUAGAGAGACGAAUGGAACUCGAACAGUUAACAAAAGCUCAAAGUAGGACUAUUAAAAAACCAGCAGUUAAACCAAAGUUGAUUACAACAAAAGUUCAAACAUUUGAAAGAUCCGAAAAUACAGGAGACAAUAAUGUAAAUAAUGACAUUCCUGUAGAUAAACCCAGUAUUAAUGACGACCCAAACGAUGAACAAAAAGGUAGUUGGGUGAAACAAGUGGUUAAUAAAUUCCAAUAAUUGCAUUUAAAACGAU